CAGUGUUACACCGGACGGUAAGACGAGCAGGAUGGUUCUUGGUGCAGUCAGGUGGUGUCUGCUGAAGAGCUGCAGCAGCUGUGGACCUUCUCUCAGGCUGAUGCAGAGACAAAGCUGCUCCUGCAUUUACUCCUACAGUGACGGCUUCAACCAGCAGGAGAUUAGAGAUAAGCUUCAGGCAUUUCCCGGAGGCUCUGUUGAUCUUCUUAAACAGGACUCUGGCAUUGCUGUGCUGACCAUCAACAACCCAUCCCGCAUGAACGCCUUUUCCGGCAGCAUGAUGGUGGAUCUGGAAGAGAAAGUGAGCCAACUAGAGAAGUGGACAGAUGGCAAAGGUCUCAUUGUACAGGGGGCCGCUGGAACCUUCUGCUCUGGAUCAGAUCUUAAUGCUGUCAGAGCGAUUUCUAACCCACAGGAUGGGAUGAAUAUGUGCAUGUUCAUGCAGACAGCUCUCACCAAACUUCAGAGGCUCCCUCUGGUCUCUGUGGCUCUGGUGGAGGGGAAAGCUUUGGGUGGAGGUGCAGAACUUGCCACUGCCUGCGAUUUUAGGUUGAUGGCUUCAGGCAGCGUGAUCCAGUUUGUCCACAAACGCAUGGGGCUAGUCCCCGGCUGGGGCGGUGCUGCCCGACUUGUCCGCAUAGUCGGAAGCCAGAAUUCGCUUAAGCUCCUUGGUGGUGCUCUAAAAGUAGACCAUGAACUUGGUGUGCAGAUCGGACUGGCAGAUGGAGCACUGGAUGCUUCGGAUCCUGAGGGUGGGGCAGGAAGCCUAUUGCAGCAGACAGAAAACUGGCUCAGUCGCUACACCGGCGGCCCUGCACUGGUGGUCCAGGCUGUGAAGGGGGUUGUGUUGUCAGGGAGAGAGCUCCCUCUGUCAGAGGCUCUAAGGACAGAGAAGGACCUAUUUGGGACAGUUUGGGGAGGUCCAGCUAACCUGCGGGCCCUGGACAGCAAGUCCAAACACAAGUAAUUUCCAGUAAGUGUUUAAGUACAACCACAAUUCCAAUGAAGUUUGGAUGUUGUGUAAGAUGUAAAUAAAAACAGAAUACAAAGAUUUGCAAAUCCUCUUCAACAUAUAUUCAAUUGAAUACACCAC